AUGAUAUUUUUGCUGCUCCUCUGUUGUCUGCUAUUCUGCAACGGUUUGCCUUUGGAACUGGAGCAUGGAUUUGCAACUAACGAUGAUGGCGAAAAUAGUAUGUGGAAGGAUAUGGGUCGGCAUCAAAGAAUCAAAGAUCCCAAUUACCGAUUAGAUAGAUAUCCUAUAGGUGAAUUGUCACCGGAUAUCUCGGCCUGUCGUAGACCUGCUAAAUGUGUUCAGCUAUCUAAAAGUACUUGUAUGGGUACAAAAUUACCUUAUACUUUUACCACAUUGGACCUCAUACCAGAACAUGUAACUCAAGACAUUGUUGAGGAAAGAUUGUACUUGUUGCAAGCUUUGAAGCAUGUGCCAAAAUGUUGGGCAGUCGUUCAGCCAUUUUUGUGCUCAAUAUUUAUGCCGAAAUGCAUUAAUGACACAGUCGAAUUACCAUCUCAAGAGAUGUGCAAGAUGGUAUCAGGACCUUGCAGGAUGCUUAUGAAUCAUACAAUAUGGCCGAGUUUCGCAAAGUGUGAUAAUAAGGAAUUAUUUCCACGAUUAUGUCAGAAUGACAUUAGGGAAUUGAAAUUUAAUAUCUCGGGCAAAUGUUUGAAACCUCUUGUACCUACUGAUAAUGCUCUUUCCAUUUUUGACGGUGUUGAAGGCUGUGGGACACAAUGUUAUGACCCUUUAUACACAUCAGAUGAACAUAAUCAGAUACAUUCAUUUAUUAUAUGGGCUGCAAGUAUUUGCUGCACUUUUAAUUUAUUCACUGUUCUAACAUUUGUCAUAGAUUGGAGAAGUGCAAAUAAGUAUCCAGCUUUGGUAAUAUUUUAUAUUAAUGGUUGUUUUAUGGUAUCUUGCAUUGGAUGGCUAAUUCAAUUCACUCCUGGCAGUAGGGAUGUAGUUAUAUGUCACAAAGAUGGAACAUUAAGAACAAGAGAACCGAGCGGGGAGAAUCUGUCGUGUGUUAUUGUUUUCGUUCUUGUAUACUAUUCUUUAAUGGCAGCUGCAGUAUGGUUCGUUAUAUUGACGUACGCUUGGCACAUGAGUUUUCGAGCACUUGGCACGAUACAAGAUCGAAUAGACAAAAAGAGUGCUUACUUUCAUCUAAUUGCUUGGUGCAUACCACUCGUUUUGACGGUCGCAAUCAUGGCGCUAGGCCGAAUUGAUGGUAACAGCAUGACAGGAAUUUGCUUCGUUGGUUACGCCGAUCAUAUGGCGAAGAUUUUUGUGCUAGGUCCCGUAUUACUCGCAGUGCUAAUAGGAGGAUAUUUUCUAUGCAGAGGACUCUACACGCUUAUUUGUUUAAAAAUAAGCAGUCAGGAGAUCAUAUCCGAAAGAGCAAGUUCAAAGAUAAAACAGACAAUUGUCAGAAUGGGACUCUUUUCUAUAGGUACUCUUGCAGCUGUUGUUAUUACAUUCUACUGUCAUAUUUACGAAAUUCAAAACUCGCAACAAUGGCAACAAAGCUUCAGAAGUUACAUGAUAUGCAUGAUUGCGUCAAAGUAUGCAGACGUAUCUGAAUGUAAAAUGGACUCGAGACCUAGCACAGGUAAACUGCAAUUGCAUUUGCUUGCAUUAUUUUCCACCGGGAUAUUUAUGUCUUCGUGGAUAUGGACUAGCUCAACUGUUGACACAUGGUGCAGAUUUCUAAGAAGCAUAUAUUUUCUCUUCGUUUGCAGGAUUUUCAAUCGCGAGUCUGAGGAACCUCCUAUAAGACUGAGUAAGCACAAGCUUAUCGCGCAUUUAUUUGCGAAUCGGAAGACAUUUAAUAAGGCCGGUCGUUUAUCAAUAAGUUUUCACAACACUCAUGCGGAUCCAGUUGGAUUGAAUUUCGACCUUAAUUCGGCGUCACAAGACUUUAGCAGCACUUGGGCAGCCGCUUUACCUAAAUUAGUAACGCGAAGGGGUGCACUAGUUGGCACUACAGGAUCUGUAUCUAGUAAUAGACGCAACUCGGCUGAUUCCGAGAUCAGUUAUAGUUACCAAUGUGUCUCUAUGGAAUCCAGACGAAAUUCUCUGGACUCGCAGAUAUCCGUACAAAUUGCACAAGUGAAGACAACACGAAAGGUUGCAAGCCGAUCGCGCGGUCGUCGUGGGAAAAGCAGAAGAGACUUCGGGAAAUCCCGAUCAGUAAAAAUUGAUCCGCUGUCUAGGAGAGGCAGCACCACUUCUCAAGACAGUCAACUAAUAACUCAAAUUCCAAUUCAAAUGCCCAAUAUGGGUAGAAGACUCGGGAAUGCUGGACUGGAUGAGCGAGCCUUGAAAAUUAUCGACACUAAAAACACGGGCAUGCUUUUGCCUUUUUUGUUAAGAGGGCAGAGUGGCAGUGACGAAAAUUUAAGCAGUGAGGAGAAAAGGCAAGAUAUGGCUGAUAAAGACGUCGACAUAGAAGCAGGCAACAUAGAGAAGGAAGAUGAACAAGACAGCGAUAGUGAAGAUAGUCAAUCGGAGGAUGAAGUUAAAAUGUUAGAUCCGGAAAAUGCGCAUGAGCGUAGUAAAAAUAAAGAACGUAGCAAUAAGAACUGUAAAACUUACAAUCAUGAAAAUGAUAGAAGAAGUCGCGAAAGUCAUAGGAGCAAAUACGUUUUACAAGACGAAGCUAUCUUGAAACAUUUACUUCAGGAGGCUAGUGAUAUUAAAGUGAAAAAUGAAAAUGAGAAGAAAGAGGCGUAUAGGAAAGCUGUGAUGAGCAAUUUGGAUUCUAGUCUCACCUCGUGUUAUCCAGAGUUAACAAGAUUGUUGCAAGGCGAUGGACAGACUAACGCUAGAGAGAUGGCGACGCAGACUUCGCUGCCGCUCGAUAUAUUGGAGAUGGAAGAGUUAAAACAAAGUAUCGAUGAGAUAAUUAACAGCAGGCAUUGUAGCUCUAAGGGAACUCAAAUAUCACCACAAUUGAAAAAAAGUAAGAAUAUCACGACGUAA